UUGCCUUUAGCACGAGGUUGUGAUAACAAGUUAGCGCAACGCACGUACGCUUGGAGAUUUUCGUAACUUUUUAAGUAUUUUUAACAUUUUAACAAAUUUUAGGGUUUAAGUGUCUCCUGAAACGACAUGGCAGGCCGUGGAGGGCGAGGCGCGGCGCUGUUACAGGCAUUAGAACAACCAGCCCGACCUCCAGGCCAAGGACAAAAUGGAUGGAAUGGCCAGACACCACAUCCUCAACAACCCUCUCAUCAAGGGCCUCCACCACCAGGUCCUUCACAUUAUGGCCAGCGACAACCAUACCCUCACCAGUAUCAGCAGCAGCAGCAGCAACAAGGUGGCCACCAACCACAAUAUUACAGACAGCAGCCACCUUACCAACAUCAAGGCUUUAAUCAGCAGCACCAGCAGCCACCUUACCAACAACUGCCUUAUCAACAACAACAACCACCACCACCACCUUAUUGGCAGGAACAACCACCUUACAGGCACCAGCAACCCUAUCAGCAACAACACAUGUAUCCACAACAACAACAACAACAGCCAUCACAUCAGCAAGGACCACAGUAUCACCAGCAACCACGUUACCCGUCAAAUGUCCAUCAAAUUCCACAACAAAACCAGUCACAGAUGCCUCAACAAUAUCAACGGGCCUCAGGAGGGCGUGGUCAGUUGUAUGGACACGGAGGACCAGCAUAUGGAGGUCCAGCACCCCCAUAUGGUCAGCAGCCUGCUUCAACAACCUUGGGUCAACAGCAAGCAGUAUCAUAUGGACGAGGUGCCCAGGUGGCUACAUCAUACGGUAGAGGUGCCCCAGCAUCAUCUGUUCCUGCUUCAUAUGGGAGAGGUGGCACAAGGGGGAACACUCCUCAGUCUCAACCCUUUGCAACACCAACUCCUGCACAACCCUCAGCUCCGUCAGAAAGAUGCCUCUCUCCUCCUCAGCAGACUAAAGGACCUCAGGCACCAGUAGAGCAGAUGGCAGGAUUAAAAGUAUCAGAUGACAUCAUCAAGACUCAAACAGGUGAAAAAGGAUCUGCUGGAAAACAGAUGUCACUUUGUGCCAACUUCAUACCUAUCAGAUUUAUUGAACAAAAGAUAUAUCAAUACCAUGUCAGUUACAGCCCAGAAAUUGACAGCAAGAAAACAAGACAUGGUCUCCUGAAGAGCCAUAAGGAAGUUUUUGGACCAGCCAGUGCUUUUGAUGGGGCUACUUUAUUCCUUCCAAAACAGUUGGAAAGUCCAACUGUACUGGAGUCUGAGAGAAGAACAGAUGGAGAAAAAGUGACCAUUUCUGUAACCUUCACAAGAGUUGUUCCACCUGAUGACUGUUUACAGUUGCUAAACAUUAUAUUUAGAAGAGUUAUGUCACGUCUUCACCUCACACAAGUUGGGCGAUACUACUAUGAUCCCCACAGACCUGCCAGUAUUCCUCAGCAUAAGAUUGAACUUUGGCCUGGUUACAUCACUUCUAUUCAAUGUUAUGAAGGUGGAAUGAUGCUGUUAUGUGAUGUAUCACACAGGCUUCUUAGAACAGAAACUUGUUACGAUCUCAUGCAUCAAUUGUAUUUAAAGCGCAAGGACCGCUUUCAAGAAGAAUGCAAGAAACAGCUUGUAGGAAAUAUUGUAUUGACAAGGUACAACAACAAGACAUAUAGAAUUGAUGAUAUAGCUUUCGAUCAAAACCCAACAAGUACCUUUACAUUCCAUACUGGAGAGCAGAUGUCUUAUGUGGACUAUUACAGUAAAGUAUAUGGCAUAGAGCUGCAAGAUCUGGAGCAGCCCCUACUUAUCCACCGACCAAAAGACAAAGAACAACAGAAAGGUAGGAAACUAGGAUUGGUUUGUCUGGUACCAGAACUCUGUAAUAUCACUGGGCUUACAGAUGCUGUGAGACAAGACUUCAGAGUUAUGAAGGACAUUGCUGCACACACUAGAGUCGGUCCCAUGCAGAGGCAGCAAGCAAUGUUAAAGUUCAUUGACAACAUCAACUCUUGUCCCGAGGCCCUUCAAGAACUCACAUCUUGGGGAGUGCAGCUUGAUCAGACUAUGCUUCAAACUGAAGGUCGUCUGCUUCCAUUUGAGAAGAUAAUCCUUGGAAGCACAUCAUUUAUUUCCAGCCCUCAGGCUGACUGGGGCCAGCAAGCUGUCAAGGAGCAAGUUAUUACACCUGUUCCUCUGCGUAACUGGUUGGUGCUGUAUGUCAACAGAGACAAGAGUAAAGCUGUGGAGUUUGUCAGCAUGAUGAACAAGGUGACACCAGCCAUGGGUAUUGAGGUGCAUCAACCUAAUAUGCUUGAGCUGAGAGAUGAUAGAACUGAGACAUACCUACGUAUGAUCCGAGAACACCUCAACCCACAAACUCAAGUGGUUGUAGUCAUCUUUCCCACUUCAAGAGACGAUCGUUACUCUGCAGUGAAAAAGCUGUGCUGUGUAGAAAGUCCUGUUCCAUCUCAGGUUAUCAAUGCCAAGACAAUUUCACAGCAGAACAAACUACGGAGCGUCACGCAAAAGAUCGCCCUGCAGAUUAACUGCAAACUGGGUGGAGAACUAUGGGCCCUAGACAUUCCACUGAAAAGCCUUAUGGUAAUUGGUAUUGAUGUGUAUCAUGAUGCCUCUCGCGGUGGCCGAUCAGUCUGUGGAUUUGUAGCAAGCAUGAAUAAGAGUCUAACUCGGUGGAACUCCAGAGUGUGUUUCCAGUCACCUGGUCAGGAACUCAUUGAUGGGCUUAAAAUGUGCUUGGUUUCUUCUCUGAAAAAGUACCACGAGAUAAAUCACACUUUGCCCGACCGUAUAGUUGUUUACCGUGAUGGCGUCGGUGAUGGGCAAUUGAAGACUGUGGCUGGGUAUGAAGUGCAACAGCUCUCCGAGUGUUUUGUUCACUUUGGUGUUAACUAUCACCCCAAGAUGGCGGUGGUUAUCGUGUCAAAGAGAAUCAAUGCAAGAAUCUUUGCAGCUCAGGGAGGUGGACCCAGGCCCAAACUUGAUAACCCCGGUCCCGGCACCGUACUGGACCACACGAUCACAAGGAAAGACUGGUACGAUUUUUUCCUCAUCAGUCAGCAUGUACGGCAAGGCACAGUCACCCCAACCCGCUACAUUAUUGUGCACGACAAGUCAGAGUUGAAACCAGAUUACAUGCAAAGAUUAUCGUACAAGCUUACUCAUCUUUAUUACAACUGGCCUGGUACAGUGAGGGUGCCUGCUCCAUGCCAGUAUGCCCACAAGUUAGCUUACCUUGUGGGUCAGAACAUCCACAAUGAACCGUCACAUGAUCUAUCUGAUCGUCUGUUCUUCCUUUAACCAGUUGGGUGGCGAUAGAAGCGUUACGAUGUCUUUCCCCGCAGUAUUCGGACACAGAACAUGUAGACCGGCGAGUGUCCAUUCUUUGGACUACAAAAGCCAGUCUUCUGGACGGGCUAUGAUUUAUAAAAUAUACUUUGUUACUUUUCAUAUUUAUUUAUUUUGAUUAUCAGACUACAUAUGUAAAUAUUAAUCUGGCAAAAUACGUUGAUGAACAAAAACGAUUUGAGAAUCGUAUCUCUAGAAGCAAGUUUUUAGUUUUUGUAAUGCAAAGAAUUAAUUGAACAAACACAAUCCCUUUGUAAUAGUCGUGUACCCGUAGGUAAUAAGGGUGACUUGUUUUAAAAGUCGAGGUUUCAGCUUAAAUAAUUAUUUACAAAACAGUUGAGGUGAAGCCGAAUAGAGUCUUAGAUUAGUUAUGGAGUCGUUUAUUGUUCAUGUUCAGAGUUUGCCCUCGAAUACGUUUGGUACUCACUUUCAGCGUUUUUCCACACUUUUUAAAAUUAAAACUUCGAAAUUAGA